AUAACCCAUAUCAUAUCAUCAUUGGUUUCGCAGACUCUUGUUGGAAUUGUGUGAUUACUACUACUAAUAAUUUACAUAGAGUGGAUAAAUUUGAGCAAAACAGAGUGUGCCCAUAUAGCCACCUACUUAUUCAAAGCAAAGGGUCCCUACUCCCAAUCUUACCCACAAGCUCCAAAUCACUCAUUAUUGGGUUCUGAGACUUUCUUCAACUCUAUUUGUUUUUGGUGUAAUUUUACAAACAAACAAGAAAGUAGACAGAAUUUAACAAUAAAGAAAAGCUUGAAGCUUUUUUGUAUUAAUUCUUUGAUUGAUCACAUAAGAAAAGCUUGAAGCUUUUUUGUAUUAGUUCUUUGAUUGAUCACAUAAAGAAUGGAGUUUUGAUUCAUGUGUCUGGCUUGUCUUGUUUUCAAUCUCUCUUCCUAAUGGUGAAAAAGGAUUGUGUGAGAGAUUGUGGAAUAUGAAGAAUGUUAAUUGAGUCAACAAAAUGGGGAGACCUCAGACUAGUCUGGAAGUACGCAAGAUAAUGGAUUGCCUACGCUCAUCUGAACAAAUCCCGAUGGAUGAAAUGGUUCCAUCUCCUGAAUCCCUUGCAACUAAGGAUUACAUAUCAAGUGUCCAUUCAUCAAGAGCUGGAGAAGCUGGACAGAAGCCUGAUACUGGAAAUAUUGAAGAAGCUGAAUCAUCUUUGCGUGAGAGUGGUUGUCUGAAUUAUGAGGAAGCAAGAGCAUUACUAGGAAGAUACGAAUAUCAGAAGGGGAACAUAGAGGCUGCUCUACAUGUUUUUGAAGGGAUAGAUAUUGCCUUGGUGACUCCUAAGCUGAAACUUUCCCUUGCCGAAAGAGUGAAAACUCAAAAGAGACGUUCACAGAGUUCUUCUACACCACCACUGUCCAUACACGCUGUGAGUUUGCUCCUGGAAGCAGUCUUUCUCAAAGCUAAAUGUUUGCAGGCUCUUCAGAGGUACAAAGAAGCUACACAAUCUUGUACAGUACUUCUGGACAUUCUUGAAUCUUCAUUGCCAGCAGGCUUGCCUGAAACCUUUGCUACUGAUUGUAAAUUGCAGGAUACUCUCAGCAAGGCUGUUGAGCUGCUUCCUGAAUUAUGCAAACUUGCAGAUGCUCCUCGAGAAGCAAUUUUAUCAUACCGUCGAGCUCUUCUGCAUCAGUGGAACCUUGACAUCCAAACUACUUCAAGGAUUCAGAAAGAAUUUGCCAUAUUUCUUCUCUAUAGUGGAGCUGAAUCAUGUCCGCCUGAUCUCCGAUCCCAAAUGGAUGGUUCAUUUGUCCCCAGAAACAAUACAGAAGAGGCUAUUCUUCUCUUGAUGAUUUUAUUGAAGAAGAUUUCUCUACAAUGGAUAGAGUGGGAUCCUUCAAUUCUUGACCAUCUCUCAUAUGCAUUAUCUAUAUCAGGUGGUUUAAAGACUUUAGCUUGCAAAGUAGAAGAGUUGCUUCCCAGAAUUAUAGAUCGGCAAGAGAUGUAUCUUAUUUUAACUCUCUGCUAUUACGGAGGAGGAGAUGACUUCACUGCAUUGAACUUGUUACGGAAACUGUUGAGUAGUACAGAGGAUCACACCUGUGUUUCAGGCUUGUUAUUUGCUUCGAAAGUAUGUGCUGAAAUCCCAGAUUGUUCAAGUGAGGGGAUAAUUUAUGCUCAAAGAGCUAUUGAAAGCCUGCAAGAACGAUGUGGUGAGUUGCUGGGUGUUGCCAAUUGUGUGUUAGGGCUCUCACUUACAGCUCAUUCUAGAACAAUACUGACAGAUUCCGAGAGGGUUAAGAUACAUGCAGAUGCACUUAAAUUCUUUGAAUCUGCUGGAAAGCUAACAAAGAUGAGUGAUACUAAUAUCAUGUACCAUCUUUGUCUAGAGAAUGCUGAACAAAGGAAGUUGGACACCGCAGUGCGUUACGCUAAUUGGUUGCUUAAACUGGAGGUUGGUUCUACUCUGAAAGGGUGGAUGUUACUGGCACGGGUGUUAUCAGCUCAGAAACGGUUUCUGGAUGCUGAAACUGUCAUUAAUGUUGCCCUAGAGCAGAGUGGAAAGUGGGAUCAUGGAGAACUGUUGAGGACCAAAGCUAAACUUCAAAUCGCGCAGGGUCAAGUGAAAAAUGCUAUAGAAACAUAUACUCAGCUUCUUGCUAUUCUUCAGGUUCAGAGAAAAAGCUUCAUAUUGGGGGAAAAUCUCAAGGAGCUUGGAGAGCAUUGCAGAACAUUGGAGCUGGAAACCUGGCUGGAUCUUGCUUCCAUUUACAUUAAAUUAUCUAUGUGGCGAGAUGCAGAGAAGUGCCUUUCCAAAACUGAGGCCGUUAGUUCAUAUUCAGCUUGUAGAUUGUAUACUGCUGGUUUGCUUAACCAAUCGAAGGGCCUAUAUAAAUCAGCACUGGAAGACUAUAGCAAUGCUUUGGCUGUUAAUCCAUCCCAUGUACCUAGUCUGGUAUCAAGUGCAGUGGUGCUUAGGAAGAUAGGUAAACAGUCUCCUGCAAUUAUUAGAAACCUUCUAACGGAAGCACUACGGCUUGAUAGGAUGAAUGCUUCUGCAUGGUAUAAUCUCGGGCUGCUAUACAAAGAGGAAGGUUUAGGUUCAGCAUUGGAAGCUGCUGAGUGUUUUGAAGCUGCUAUUCUACUGGAAGAGACUGAACCUGUUGAACCAUUUAGAUGACUUCCUCCCUGUACAUAACAUAUUACAGAUUUUCAAGUUGCAAUCUGUGCAUCUAAUGAAUCCAUCUCGAGAGCUGUGAAUGUGUAGUUCAAUAAGAGUGGGGCGAGUGCCAAUUUUUCUUGUGUU